AUGCAGUCAUCGUUGCUGGACACCGAGCCGUCUGACACCGGCCUCGACGAGGCCAGCCAGCGAAGCCCUGGCGGCUCGACGAGCCUGCUGGCGGGCUCCAUCCUGCCUGGCCCUGCGCUGCUGCUCUUCUUGCACCUGCCGAAAACGGGCGGCUCCUCCGCGGUCAGCAUCGUAAGCUCGUUGCCUGGUUGGAGGCGGCAUUGCCCUCACUGGCAUGGCCACCGGUAUGGCGGGCUCAUUGUGAGCGCGCUGGCUGAGCCGCUCGGCCUCUCCGUCGGCACCAGGCCAGCGAACUCGACCCUCUUCGCUUGGCGACAGAGUCGCGUGCUGGUCGAGUUCCACCUACCUGAAGAGUUUCGCUUGUUCCAGCGCAAAUUCCGUCCUCGGCUCGACGCCCUCGCGUCGGUGUACCGCCGCGCUGGCGGCCACUUCUUCGCGGCAACCUUCGUGCGUGAGCCACUCGCGCAGACGCGCUCACACUUUGCGUACUUCCACGUGUAUGGGGGGGCCUUUGUGAGGCCGAAGACGCCACCCACCUGGCGGACGAACGCGAGCGCACAGAUCGCGGGCUUUGCGCGCUGGCUCGCGAGCGAGCCGGCCGACCCGCAGACCAAGCUGCUCGCACACGGGGCGCCCGCCGCCGCCGGCGGCGGAGACGAUGUCGGCACGAGAGCGCAAGCGACGCUCGGCGCACUCGGCGGCGUCGGCAUCUCGGAGUCCUUCGAGCGGUCAAUGCAGAGCCUCCUCACUCGGAUCGGCGUCUUGCCGGCCUGCCACCUCACGCAGCUCAACCUCUCGGCUGCGGUGGCCGCUUGUGCGAACGGCGCGAGGCACCGCCACUUGCUGGCGGACCUACCCGCCGACGUGCGCGCGCUGCUCGGGAACCGAACCCGCGCGGCGAGCGAAUACUACGCGCUGCACGCGUCCGCCCGGAAUGCGCUGCUCGCAUUGCCCGCGGCCCCGGCGGCGCCAGUCCCGGAGGUGACUGCCUCUCCCACCUGCCGCCAAGACGCGUCGCCCUUCCGCGUGGCCACCAAAUGCAACUACUGA